AUGUCUUCCUUCCAAGCAGUCAACACUACAUUGUCGGUUCCAGAUCCGCCACAGGGCCGCCCAGGUGACGAGACGACGCCCACUACUCCCCGACCGAAUAGCAGAUUCUUUGCCGAAUCGAAAGCGGCCGAGGAAAUCCGCACUGAAGACCCAUCAGCUAAGACGCCUACACGUAACACCUUUGCGGGACUCGUUGGUCAGCGACCACUGCCUUCAUCGCCUUUCACACCCGCCCGUGAGCUGAGCGAGACACCUUCCGCUUCGAACAAGAGUGAGCAGAGUAGAGAGGAUUCGCAUAGGUCAACAGCCUCCGGUCAAGACGUGCAUAUGGGCGAUGGUGACGAGGACGACAAAGAUGGAUCGGACAACGAUAGCGUGACUAGUGAUUCGAACCGACCGUCCAAGAAGAAGAAGGGACAGCGCUUCUUCUGCACCGACUUUCCGCCUUGUAACCUGAGCUUCACACGAAGUGAGCACCUGGCACGACACAUUCGUACCGGAGGUCACAGCAGAGGUCACAGCAGAAACCUUUCUGCAUCCAGUAUAACCUCUACAAUAUCGACAAUGAGUGUGGCACAAUCUCCAGACAUACGGCGACGACCCCCACCUUUGGCUAUGGCUAGCGAUGGUGGUGCAAGUGCAAGAGCACGCUUGUCGCUCAACACUAUGAAUGCAUAUGACCCACCCAUGAUGGGUAGUCCUGGGCCCGUGGAGUACGAUACACAGUCCAACGCGCCUACAACGCCUACUUCUGCGACAUUCUCUACAGUUACUGGUAGCCCCGCUCGCUUCGGGUCUGCUAUGCAGUCUCCUGUAUCAAGUUCAUCAAGGCCAGUCUCAUGGGCUGGACCACCGCCUCCGGGACGCCGCCAAUCUAUCUCUUCCAGUGGCAAUCCUUUCUCCGGUGCACCAGGACAGGCUCCUCCUACCUACAUUACGCCUCUACAAUCGACUGCUGCCCCUGCCUACUCAGCACAAAGCAGCGCAUAUGCAAGCCCUACAGCGUCCCAAUUUCCAGAAUCAAGGAGAGACUCGAAUGCGGAGGCGGACUGGAGGCGACGAACUUGGCACCCAGGAGUUUAUACUGGUCCUCGACCAGCGACUAGUGGACUUGGAUACCACCAGACACCGGAUGCUCCACGCCCUCUAUACACCUCACAGCCUGCUGCUUCUCAGACCACCAGACUCCCAGGGAUCGAAAGCUUCGACCAUGCUCCGCCUCCGCCUCCGCUACCUCGGCGUCAGCCAAGUCCGAUGCAAAUUGAUGCUCCGGCACGUCCGCUUACUUAUCACGCGCCAAUGGAGCACACGUCCAAUAGAGGUCACCACAAACGAACGAGCAUUUCAUGGGAAAUCGACCGUCUGAACAUUGCUAGUCCAGGUUCUCAAAGUAAUCAGUGGUCACAACAAUACCCUGGCAGCGCAGGCCGAGCAAACGCUGCACGACCCACGACAGCCCCUCAUGGCUACUUCAGUCGUCAACCCUCCAAUGUUCAGCCUAUUCAGAUUCCUUCAAUUAACGCCUCGCCCAGAACCUCGCAGGAACAGCCAGUGACACCUCGAAAGAACAAGCGACAAGCCUGGUACAAUGGACCUGUCAGUCAGCCGCAAAGAGCUAUGCAGAGAACGUCACCCGAGGACUCCAGUAGCAGCGAAGGUGUGCCGACGCCAGGCACUAUGAUCGACUAUCACCCUGCUAUUGUCCACAGCAACGGGUAUGUCGAAGCGCCAGCAGUUGUUGAAGAUUACAAAACCGCGCCACCAGCGUCAAUUAUGGAGAGGCCCCACCCUUUGCAUUCACAGCCUCCGCAACAUUACCAUAGCCACAGCCUUUCGAGCUCGAGCUCAAGCUAUCGCCCGCAGCGCGAACCCGAGCGGGGACCCGCAACGUUCGGUCAGCCACUGCCGCAGACAGCCAACAACGACAUGCGACGCUUAGAAGCGCUUGUAGCAGUGGCCACUGGCGAGCAGCAAGCCGUCGAGAACCGGUCUUAG